AUGAACCUCCCAAAAGGCCAGUUAGUGGACGAGCAGACUAGGUGUAUACAUUGGAAUUCGCCACUAGACGUAGUGUGCUUCAAGUUCAAAUGUUGUGAAUCUUUUUAUGCGUGUUACUCUUGUCAUGAGUCUCAGGAGUCUCAUUUAAUAAAGAGAUAUAAUCUGACUUCUGAACCAACUGAGGAAGUGGUGUUAUGCGGGGUUUGCAGAGAAGCUAUGACGUUUGAGGAGUAUCGGAACGGACUGAUGCGCACAGAACAGCUAGACUGUCCGUAUUGCGGUGCCCUCUUCAACCCCGGUUGCAAGUUACAUUACUCCAUUUACUUUGAUAUGUAA